AUGUACCUGCGAAAGGACCGAAUAGACUUUGAAGUCUUUUACUGCUUUCAAAAAAACCUGAACUCCGCCAUUAAGGCGUUGCCCCAUGACAAACACAUAGGCUAUCUGAAAAGCGUGUUCCUCAAGGACACGGUACUUUACAACUUAACAGAUGUGCGGCAGAUCAUAAGAUUUAUUUUUUUAUUUUACACCAACAAACUGGCACACAAAGUUCUGAAAAAAGUUCUGCACCUUGUGUUUGAUUUCUUUCAUAUUUUGUCUGCGAAUUAUCGGCUCAUCGAUGCGAUUUUGGAGGAAAUGACCGUGUUCCUGGACAAUGAGAAGUUUCGCGAUUUGCAAGACGAUAGAAUGAAAAUGAUUGUAAAUCAACAUAGCAUAAGAAGCAGCCGAUGUUUUGGCGAUUUGUCAACAUUUCUUAUCUUUAACAGCGACUCUUUUCAUAGCAUGAAAUUGUUAAUUGAUCAUUUUAUGAGCAUUUACAAAUACUUUGACGUGAAUUACGUACGGUUUGUGGCUAUCAUAGACUUUUUUGAUCUACUGAUUAACAAAAUCAAGACUGAAUUCUUACACCAGGUCUAUGUGGCGCUGGUUGAUUGCUUGACCGAUAUUAUUUGUGGUUUAAAUGUCUUUUUGAAUGCCAUGAUAUGUGCGGAUGACACAGAUAUGGGUGCUAUUAUGCUUUCGUUGACACUCCAUGAUAUGGAAAAGCUCAGAAAAUUUGUUAAUAAGUUUGUUCGAACAUAUUUCAAACUUUUCACGGGAAACCCGAUGAAAGAGAAAAAGAAAAAAAUGAAAGGAUGCAUACGAGAAGAUCUGAAAGACAAGAAGAUGCUAAAUAUGCUAGGUGUUAUAAGAGAUAAUGAAAUUAUUGUUAAUGGCUAUUUGAACCGGUGCGGUAUUGGUAGAACAUAUUUUUUGCUUAAAGAUAGAGGUUUGUGUUUUUAAUUACGAAAG